GUAGAGAUACCUUUAGCUCCUGUUCUCAGCUAUGCCGAGGAGGUGGCUAUGAUGGUCAACACUGUCAUUCAAGUUUUCUGUAAGUUAGAUGCUGUGACGGAUAUGGCUAGCAUACUAGAUAAGCAGCCACAUGUUAGUCAACUCGUGGUAGAUAUUUUCCACUCCCUUAAGCUUGCUGGUAAAGAUGGUAAGGAUGGUGAGCAAGUGGUAGCAACUCUUGGUGCACAAGUGAGAAAGUUGUUUGGAAGUCCCGAGUUUAUAAAGGCUUUUGUUGACACACAUGUGGAGGAUCCUAUGCUGUUAGCAUACAUUAACACGUUCGCAUUGGAAGAAACUGACCAAGUACGAAUGGAAUAUCUGAAGAGGGAUGCCUUGUUUGGAUUCUUUGUGGCAGAGAAACAAGACUUUUUUGAUAUGAGGUUUGUCUUGGCAACUAUACUGGGGUAUUGGAGUGAUGAAAGUUAUUAUCUCAAGUUGAUUGAAGAGAUCAAGAAAGCAGGCGUGGAACUACGGCAGGCAGAGGUAAUUAUAUCUGAUGUCGCUCAUCCUUGUACUGCGCAGGGUUUCAGAGAUGUGCUGAAAGCUAAAUACAAGAAUGAUGUUUAUGAGAAGAUAUGUGAAAAG